AUGAGAGGAAUCGGGGCGCUGUGCUGCGCGCUAGCAGCUGUGCAUGGAGUAACGGGUUUCGUGGCGCCCCUCUCGCCAAGAGGUUUCGGACAGCAGCAGACGGCGCGAGCUUUCUCGGCCCCCUCGUCCUCCCAGCAACCAGCAGCAGCACGAUUGCGAAUGGUGGCGACCGACUUACCCAAGUUCACGGUGUCCCUUAUGGACGACACUCGUGUAUCGUUCCACAUGGACGAGAAAGACGUCCGGAAACUGGCUGAUGUGGUGAACAACAUUUUGAGGUCCUUCAAACGCCUGAAAGCGAACGCUGCGGAAGGGGGAAAGCCGUACAAGGAGGACAGCGUGGAGUACAAAGACACUAUCGACGGCCUGAACAUCGUGGUGGAGUGCAACCCGAACAUCUUUCCGGACCCUUUCAAGGCACAGGUUUUUGUGCGCGUUUACGAUGACAAGAUGGAGGUCAGCAGCCAGGCGAUGCUCACCAAGCUGACGGAUGCCAUCAAGCAGCACUUGGCCCUGUUCAAGUGAACAAGUUGACGGCCGCGCUCCACGACUGUGGCGUUGCAAAGGCUAUCUCUUUUGUCCGUUCCUCUGUGUCCUGCUUUUGAACGGGAUAUGUUGAGGGGUGUUUUUUCUGGUGGUACGUGUUUAGAAUUGUGCGUGCCAUCCUCAGUUUAUUGAAGUGUGUGCCUUCUUAGCAGCUAGCAGGCAGUACACAGCAUCGUCUAUUUCGCUUCGACUGCACACUUGUGUGCAGGUUAAAUUGCCGCCGAAAGAAAUCCUGCCCAGAAAAGCGAGGCGGUUUGCACUGUAGCACAGGGGGUAUACAGACAUGCAGACAGACGUCGGUAGAGUGACCAGAGCAGACUCAUCUGGAGACGGAAAAUGGAAUUUUGGCAAGUUUGAUCUUGGAGUCGAUGAUAACAGCACAGCGGAGUGUGUUUUGGAAGUUUUGUCGUGACGUCGAUGCUAGCAGCGCAACUGAGUGUGUCGGGGUUUGUCGGUAUGUGAGCCGGACAACCAGGGGAUCCAUGCCAGGUACAUGCAAAUAGUCAUGCAGUGGCAGUCCGGUUGCAUUGGUUCCUAUUUGUACGUGCGAAGAGUGUUGGCUUAGGGUAAACCCUCGCCCGCAUCAACAGCAGCGACGUAGUACCUGGUCAAUCGGCGCGAAAAAUUCAACGGCAACGUCUCAUCCAG